ACUUGUGUUUUUUUGUUCAGUUGAUUUUGUUUUGUUAAAUUUUAUUAAAAUUCUUUAGGGCAAGUUGCUCGUCGAACACGUCUUGCAGAUGGUUUAAUAUUAAAACAAAUUACAACACCAAUUGGUGUUCUUCUUGUUAUAUUUGAAUCGCGUCCAGAUAGUUUACCACAAAUAGCAGCUCUAUCAAUAUGUUCUGGUAAUGGUCUUUUAUUAAAAGGUGGUUCAGAAGCUAAAUAUUCGAAUGAAAUAUUAACACAAAUAAUACAAGAUGCACUUGAACCUUAUGCUCCACGUGAAACAGUUGCUCUAAUUAGUACACGUGAACAAGUAUCAGAUCUUCUUCAAUUAGGAAAAUAUAUUGAUCUUGUUAUUCCACGUGGUUCAAAUGAACUUGUUCGUUCAGUACAAAAACAAAGUAUACAUAUACCUGUAUUAGGUCAUGCUGAAGGUAUUUGUCAUGUAUAUGUUGAUAAAGAUGCAAAUUUAGAUAUGGCUUUACGUAUUGUACGUGAUUCUAAAUGUGAUUAUCCAAGUGCUUGUAAUGCUAUGGAAACAUUACUUAUUAAUAAAGAUCUUAUUCGAACACCAUUUUUUGAAUCAUUAAUUGAUUUAUUACGUCGUGAAAAGGUUAAAGUUUAUUCAGGCCCACGUUUAUCAAUGAUGGUUCCAUUUCCACCACCAUUAGCAACAUCAUUACGUGUUGAAUAUGGUGAUUUACAAUGUGCUAUUGAAGUUGUUGAUAAUGUUAAAGAUGCUAUAGAACAUAUUAAUAAAUAUAGUUCAAAUCAUACGGAUUCAAUUGUAACAGAAAAUCAAAAUAUAGCCAAUGAUUUUCUUAGUAAUGUUGAUAGUGCAUGUGUUUUUCAUAAUGUUAGUACACGUUUUUCAGAUGGUUAUCGAUUUGGUUUAGGUGCUGAAGUUGGUAUAAGUACAGGACGUAUACAUGCUCGCGGUCCUGUUGGUAUUGAAGGUUUAUUAACCACAAAAUGGAUUGUUGAAGGUCGUGGUGAUAUUGUUGCAGAUUUUAGUGAAGGUCGAAAAAAAUUUGUUCAUGAAACAUUGGGAUUAAUUGAAAAUAAUGAUAAAAUUUAUGCACAACAGAAAACAAAUCAAUAA